ACAGCUCAAAAAAAACAGAAUGAACAACAAACGGAAGAUGAAGAAGAGAAGGCAAAUCGUGAGCGAUCGAAGAAAAUGAUGAAUUAUGGAUUUGCAGCCUUUGGUGUAGUCAUGAGUAUUGGCUUCACUUAUUUAAUAUAUGAAUUAGGAAGACCUAACUAUGACGAACAUGGGAAUGUCAUCGAAGAUGAAUUUUCCAAUUUACCAUUCUUUGAACAGAUCUACAAGAGGGUCAAAAAAGAGCUCAAUUAUUAUACAAGACUGGUACAGGAACCCAGCAGGGAAAAAUUAUUACCUGAUCCAUUAAAGUAUCCAUAUAUUCAGCCACCAUAUACUCUAGUUUUGGAAAUGACAGACCUUCUUGUGCAUCCAGAUUGGACAGUAAGUCUUUAAUCUAAUUAAGAAUGGAAUACAAUUUAAUUUAAGAGAUGCUUGGAUAUUAUGAGU